AUGUACUAUAGUGAAGUGUUAUCAUGUAGUUUUACAGCCAUGACCGUUAACAUCCAUAUGGACGCUUGAAAUAACGCUUUUAUUUUGGAGGUAACUCUACACAUCCGCUUUUCCCUGGCUUCCUGUUGUCAACUUUUGCUUACUGUUUAUCACCCAGUCUACAGGACUCCCCCGUGGAAGUUCUUUUUUUUAACCACUUUAGAGGGAAGAAAUGACUUUGCAUCUGGGAAAUUAACAAUCUGGUUGACUGUUUACAAGCGUGCUUCCCACAAAGCUUGUCACCAUGAGAAGCAGGAGCAACUCGGGCGUGAAAUUGGACAACUAUGCCCGCAUAGUACAUCAAACUAUCCUGCAGCACCAGGAUCCCGUCACAGGCCUCCUACCUGGCAGCAGCGACCAGCCGGACGCUUGGGUCCGAGACAAUGUUUACAGCAUCUUGUCCGUGUGGGCCCUCAGCCUGGCCUACAGGAAGAACGCUGACCGGGACGAAGACAAGGCCAAAGCCUACGAACUGGAGCAGAGUGUAGUGAAGCUAAUGAGAGGAAUCCUGCAGUGCGUAAUGAGGCAGCUGGAUAAAGUGGAGAAGUUCAAGUACAGUCGCAGCACGUCCGACUCUCUCCAUGCUAAGUACAACACCAGCACUUGCGCAACCGUGGUUGGCGACGACCAAUGGGGUCACCUGCAAGUGGAUGCCACCUCGCUCUUCCUGCUCUUCCUUGCCCAGAUGACAGCGUCUGGUCUUCAUAUUGUCUACACUCAGGAUGAGGUGGACGUUGUGCAAAACCUUAUGUUCUACAUCGAGGCGGCUUACAAAGUGGCUGAUUAUGGAAUGUGGGAAAGAGGGGACAAAACCAACCAGGGCAUCACUGAGAUCAACGCCAGCUCCAUAGGCACUGCCAAGGCAGCUCUGGAGGCACUAGACGACCUCAAUCUUUUUGGAGCCAAAGGUGGACCCGGAUCGGUGGUUCAUGCUCUGGCUGACGACAUCCAGCACUGCCAGUCCAUCCUGACCUCCAUGCUCCCAAGAGCAUCCAUCUCCAAAGAGGUGGAUGCCGGCAUCCUGGCCAUCAUCUCUUAUCCCGCAUUUGCUGUGGAGGACAUGAGCAUCGUCAACAUGACCAAGGAAGAGAUCAUCUCCAAGCUGCAGGGUCGCUACGGCUGCUGCAGGUUCCUCCGAGAUGGACACAAAACCCCAAAAGAGGAUCCCAAUCGUCUGUAUUACGAGUCAGCCGAGCUGAAGUUGUUUGAGAACAUUGAGUGCGAGUGGCCGCUCUUCUGGACCUACCUCAUCCUGGAUGGCAUUUUCAUCAACAGUCCGGAGCAGGUGCAGGAGUACCAGGAGGCUCUGGAGGGCAUCCUGAUCAAGCAGAAGGACGGAAUACGACUGCUACCGGAGCUCUACAGUGUCCCACCGGAUAAAGUGCAGGAGGAGUACAUGAAUCCUCACACAGUGGAGAGGAUUCCAAUGGGAAAGUGUCCCCUGAAGUGGGGACAGUCUCUGUACAUCCUGGGAAAGCUUCUGUCUGAGGGUUUUCUUGCCCCUGGAGAGAUCGACCCUCUGAAUCGCCGCUUCUCCACCAUCCCCAAGCCGGAUGUGGUGGUACAAGUGUCCAUUCUGGCCGAGACAGAGGAGAUUAAAGAGCUGCUGUUGAAGAACGGUAUCGACGUGGAGAUGGUGGCUGACAUCCACCCAAUUCACGUGCAGCCUUCAAGGGUGCUCAGCCACAUCUACGCCCGACUUGGUCGGAACCCGAGGCUCGGUCUGACAGGACGGCCCUACAGGAGGAUCGGCGUGCUGGGAACCUCCAAGUUCUAUAUCAUCAGGAACACCAUCUUCUCAUUCACGCCUCAGUUCCUGGACCACCAGCAGUUCUACCUGGCUUUGGACAAUAAAAUGAUCGUGGAGAUGCUGAGGACAGACAUUUCCUACCUGUCGUCCAGGUGGAGGAUGACGGGAAGGCCCACUGUCACGUUCCCCAUCUCGCAGACGAUGCUGACCGAAGACCACACAAACCUGGACCCCGCUGUGCUGGCGACGCUGAAGAAACUACAAGACGGCUACUACGGAGGAGCGAGGAUUCAGACGGGGAAGCUGUCGGAGUUCUUGACCACUUCCUGUUUUGCUCACCUCAGCUUCUUGGAUGGUAAGGUUUUGGGCAGCAUGGGCCAUGACGAGGAGUAUGAUGGUGAUGAUGGAACGGGUGACGGCGAGGGAUACGUGCAUGAGUUGCGCAAUGACGAUGAGGCUGAUGACCUCGCCCAGUACCUGGACCACCUCUUGGCCCACUCGGCCCCCAAAAAGCCCAAACUGAAGGCAGGCGGGCUGGGGAAGUUCAAGGCCGUAGCAACUAAAACAAAAGAGAUGGUGACCCUGAUGAACAAAGCACAGGAACUCAACGUGCAAGAAGUCAACAUGUACCUGCCCAAUAAGCUGUUUCGCUCCCAUCAGCCAUCACUCAAUCUGAACCUUCCGGACUCUUCCGCACCGCCAGACACUCAGGUCCCAGAGGUGACUGUGACGUCACAUAGUGGCGUGCCACGGGAUGCCAGCGGAGCCAUCAAUUAUGAGGCACUGGUUAUGCUCCUGAAAGGCACGCAGAGUCUGCAGGACCAAGCUGACAUCCUCUACAUCCUCUUCAAGGACAAGGGCAUGGAGUGGGAUACGCACUUACACGGCAAAGGCAUCACGGUGCGUUCGCUGCUCACUGACCUGUAUGAGAAGGCGGGUGAGCUGAAAGACUGGGGGCUGAUCAGGAUGACAUCCGGAAUGCUGAGGAAGAAGGUGGAGGAGCUGGACUCGGCCUGCUCAGACUUGCUGGCCCACCAAAAGCACCUCACUGUGGGUCUUCCCCCUGAGCCUCGAGAGAAGACGAUCACCGCUCCCAUCCCUCCGGACGAACUGGCGCUGCUCAUCGACGAGGCCAGCGACAACAACAUCAGCGUGGCCAUACUCACCCAGGAGAUCAUGGUGUACCUGGCCAUGAGCAUCAGGACACAGCCCAACCUGUUCAGUGAGAUGUUUCGGCUCCGCAUCGGGCUCAUCAUCCAGGUCAUGGCUACGGAGCUCGGCCAGUCGCUGGACUGCUCUGGGGAGGAGGCCACUGAGAACCUGAUGAGUCUAAGCCCUUCGGAGCUGAAGAACCUCCUCCACCACAUCCUGAGUGGCAAGGAGUUUGGCGUUCAGCGCAGCGUGCGAGACUCGGAGGCCGGCGUCAGUCCCGCCAUUUCCAUCCAUCACCUUGGCAACGUGGGCGCCACCAAGAGCGAGAGGGCCGGAAUCAGCAAGCUCAAAAGCGACAUGAAGAUGCUGGAGCACAGGAUGUCUCUGACAGGGCUCAGUAAGGUGAUGAUGCCAUGCGUGGGUGCUAAUUCACCGUUUAAUGACAGUUUGUUUUUGUUGCAGGCGGAUCGUAGAGUGUCUUUGACAGACGCAGUCAAGAGCCUUCGAUCUCAUUCACUGGACAUCAGCAACAUCGAGUCAGGGAGGUACAGACUUCCAUCCAUAGAGUCGCUGGACAUUCCGGAGAGCGUCUCGGUGGCAAAGGACACCAGACAUGGACAGUGGCUGCGCAGGAGGCGCCUGGAUGGCUCGCUGAACCGAGUACCGAUCGGCUUCUACCAGAAAGUCUGGAAGAUUCUGCAGAAAUGUCACGGUCUGUCGAUUGAUGGCUUUGUCCUUCCUUCGUCCACCACCAGAGAGAUGACCCCAGGCGAGAUCAAGUUCUCCGUCCACGUGGAGACGGUGCUGAACCGUGUCCCGCAGCCCGAGUACCGCCAACUGCUGGUGGAGGCCAUCUUGGUGCUCACUAUGCUGGCCGACGUCGACAUCCCCAGCAUCGGUUCCAUUAUCCACGUCGAGAAGAUCGUACAGCUGGCCAACGAGAUGUUCUGCCAGGACCAGAAAGACCUCGGAGCAGAGGAGCACAUCCUGGAACGCGAUCCGUCCACCGGCGUCUACAUGCUGCUGUACGACAGCGCCCCCAGCGGCCGCUUCGGGAGCAUGACCUACCUCACCAAAGCGGUGGCGGCGUACGUGCAGGACUUCCUGCCUAGCGGUUCCUGCGCUGUACAGUGAGUUUAAAACAUUGACUAAGUUCCUGUUAAGCAUCCUAGUCUCUGUCACCUCCACCAAUGUUCUUCUUUGGUCACAGCCGGUGCUAACACGUCAUUGCUUAAAAGCACAUGCUGGAGGAUGUUCAAACACUGAUUUAGUUUAUUGUUUUAUUUAUCUUACAGUCCUCAAAUGAGUGCCUAACUCAUUAAAGCACUCAUUUAAACUCACGUUUUAAAGAUACAUGAACCUUUAAUAAUGCUGAGUUCAUCUUUAAAAAUGUUUUUUUACAGUUGUAUGAGAGACUUAAUGGGAGCACGUUUUUGUGAUAUUAAAACAAAUUAUUUUAAUUAUAGAAAGUUAAGUGUAGUUUACACAUAUAUUUGUCAAGGUUAGUUGUGAAUGCAGUGAAUGUUUUCAUAUAUUUGUGGCCGAGAGUCAUCAGUUUGCUGCUGUAAGAGAUUGUUUAUCUGGUUUAUUUUGUUCAACUCGAGGCGUAUUGUUGUGAUUUAGCUCUACAGACGUAAUAAAAUUAAUUAUUUUGGCAAACAUAAAAGACAAUUUUAGCAUUU